CUCCCACUCUCCCCAGUACCCCAACCCUCCCACUCUCCCCAGUACCCCAAUGCAGAAAGAGGAGGCGCUCACACAGCAACAGGUCACAGCCCGCAGGGACACUCGCUGGCCGGCCCACCCACCACCAUCUCUGCGCCGGCCCCGGGGCUGGGAGACGUCACUCCCGAGCAUCAGGGUUGUCUCCAGCUCCGGUCAGACAGAGGGGCACCUACCCAAGGGGAGCACCCGGAAGCAUGUGUCCUCGGAAGGUUCUCACGCACCGUCAUUCUUGGAUGUGUUUGGAUUGCAGCACGAUGCAGGAGGACCCGGAGACCCUGCUGACCUUGCAAAGGGCCAAUAUCGUGGCCCAGUACCAUCAGGGCUUUCUGCAGUGAGUCCCCUGGACACCCCUCAUCCAUCUCGGGGGGGUGGCAUUUGCCACACCUCUCUGGAGGCUGACCCCCCACCCAGGUCGGGAUCUCGUCCCCUGGAGCCCUCUGAAGGCCAUGUCUGCGCUUGGCUGCAGCUGAGACACCCCAGAGGACGACCUGGGACGUGGGCAAGAAGGGAGCUGGGCCUGGGGGAGGCCCCUGGACACUCAGAGGAGGGGCCCCCAAGCCUGCUUCGGGCAGGCCCAGGUGUCUGCCUCCUGCAUCUGGGGGGGGGGGGUGUCCAGUCCCAUCAGCAGGGGAUCCCGCCUGUGAGGGGCUCUGGGGCCGGGGCGUGCUCUCCGUAGGGGGACGGCCUGGUCUGGGGCGAGUCCGCAGGGGUGCUCUCACCCACACCCCCCAGCCAGGGCCCCCACAGUCCUGAAGGCUUCUGCGGGGCUGCAGGUAGAUGCCGGGGACCAGGCCAGGGCAGGGGGGGGGGCCGCAGAGGGAGGGCCUGACCAGGCAAGAGGAGGGAAGAGGAGGAGGGGGCUGCCCUGGGCGGGAACGAGGGAGGGGACAGCCCAGUGGCCUAGGUCGCAGGGGACGAGGCUGAUGGGUCAACAGCCCCACGAGAACCUGACAGAUGCUGGAGACCCCAGAUGGGGCCCCCUCAGCCCUGCUCAAGGCCCAGUGGCUGCUGGGAUGGCUCAGGGGUGGUCGUGCUCAGGGGCUCCGACAGGACAGGAGGUGAAAUGGGCCAGGGUGGCAGAGGGGACAGCAGAGAGGGGAGU